AUGUCCGUAUCCUGUAAUAUAAAUGGUACGCACUGUGAGAGACGUACAUCCACUGCUAAGAAUAACACUAAUAAUACAGUCUUAGGUCUUAUACUUGGUUCUGUAGCAUUUCUCAUUUUUUCUAUAUCGAUCAUCGUAAUUGUUUACACGCUAUAUUGUAAGAGACAUUUUCGAAAUAGACUACAAUUUCGAACACGACCAAAUCCUACGCUACAAAAUCAACAGCUGCCAACGAAUAUAAAUCCUGUUCAACAGCAACAACCUCAAUCACAAUUAAACCCACAAAUAUCUUCCAGUGAACUACCACCUACGUAUCAAGAAAAAGAAGCGUCUAUUACAAAUUUGGGCUCAACCUUGGCUACCAUCACGUCACAAUGGACCACCGAUGCCUAUGAAUCCUUAUAUAUAUAUUAUCCACAAAGAUAUACGCCGCCAUUAAAAGUAGACCAACGAACACUAGUAGAAACGCAACCACCUGCUUAUGAAAUGCCAAGCACGAUUGACAAUCGAACUCUAACUCCUAUUGAAAAUCCACCUGAAAAUCGAGUUCAAAGUCCAGCCGUACAUCAAACUCAAAGCUCGAGUGCAAAUCAAACUCAUAGCUCUAGUGAAAAGAGAACUCAAAGUCCAAGUGAUAAUAGAACUCGUAGCACAAUGGAAAAUCCGACUGAAUAUACUUGA